AUGUCUCUUGAGCAAUUGCUCUACAGUUUUCUUCCAUCCAAUGAAUACAACGAUGAUUUAGAUACGUUACUUAUGUGGUUACAUCCGAAUGGCCAUCAGAAUCGACCACCCUCGUUAAGAGUUAAACAAUGUAUUAGAAACAUAUCCGAGAUACAAUCGCUAGAGUUUCCAAAAUUAUUGAAUGAAUACUACAUGAACAUUACACGAUCUGAAUAUUUAAAGAUGAUAGAGAUGAUUGGCGCUGAGUCUCAAUUGAAAUUUAAUUCGAUCUUAUCAAUAGAAAAGAGUCUCAGUUAUCCAUGUACGUAUAUAAUGCUAUUUCAACAUGAAUUUGUACAAGUAUUAAAUGCUCUGCGACAUUACUUAGUGGAUAACUAUCCAACAUUUCGUAAAUUGCUAAUUUCAGAUAUUCGACAACUCAGUUUGAAUGAUGAUUUAGAUCUACUACAAAGUUAUAUUGAUUGGAUUGACGCAUCCCAUGCAAUUUGUAUAUCUUCUAAGGAUGUAAUACUUGACGUAAUCGUUGAGAAAAUAUAUAUUAUGUGUGAAAGAUACAUGAAAGGAAAAUGGACCAAUCGAUAUCUAGUGAUGGAAACGUUUAAUAAAUUUAUAGAGACUUAUUGGAGUCAUUUCACAAAAUUACUUGGUUGCUCCGAGAAUGAUCAUAACCUCACCACAACUGUUUUCAAUUGCUUUGAAAACACAUUUAUUGAAAUUCGAACAGGUGAAAUUUAUGAUAUAUUUUUAAAAUCAUAUCCAACUUCCAAACCAACCAUUCUUGAGCUUAAAAAAACACUCCGGAAUAAUAACAAUAAAAUUAAAAAUUAUAAUAAGAUAAUACGAAACUAUUUAAAACAUUUCAACAAAAAUAUAUUGAAUCCAAGUGUUACUACAGUGGACGCCUUACUAGCAUAUAUCAGAAGUAUAGAAUGCUUCUCAAUAUUAGAUCCCUCGGGAAGAUAUUUGAAACCUUUGAAAAAUUUCAUACGACCUCAAUUACAACAAAGAAAGGAUUUGAUCAACAUCUUAUUAUAUGCUAUAUUGAACCUCGAAGAGUCUGAAUUCAAAGAAUUAAGGAUAACUUAUGUGAAAGAUAUUGAUAAGUUAACAAACGAAUUGUCUAAUAAUAAUGAUAGAAAUAAUGAUAAUUUCGAUAGAACCGAUCAGAUAUAUAAUGAACAAAAGAGAAAUUCCACAGAUUAUAUCCAAAGAACUGGUAUUAGUUUAAGAGAUGCCCAAGAUUUCGAUGACGAUAUGAAAAACAACAGCAAUAAUAGUACUGAUAAAACUUAUAACGGUAAACUCAUAUAUGAAAAUGUAUUGAAACAAUUUUUAAUAUGGGUACCCGAGCCCAAUAAUAUUGACGGAAGUUCAACAAAUGAUAUUAAUAACGAUAAUAAUGAUAUGGAUGAUAAUACAGAUGGCAACGUGUCAAUGCUUAGUGCUAAUGAUGAUUCACAGAUUAUGACUCCAUCAUCAAGGGAUACAUCCAAUUUAUUAGAUGUGCUAUUAGAACUAUGUGAAAGUAAAGAAUUAUUUAUUUCAGAAUUUUUAAAUGUGGUUACACAGAAAUUAUUAAAUUUAAAAUCAUAUCAUUUAGACUCUAAAUGGAUGAAAUGUUUACAAAUGAUUAGAGAUAAAUAUUCAGUGAAUAGUUCAAAUCUUAUCUCUGAAGAAGAAAACGGAAUCUUUAGCGGGAAUUCUGGUAUUAAUGGAAAUAAUAAUGAGAACAGUGCCAAUGGAAGAAACACCAAUGCAGAUAUGGAUGAUUUCACAUCUAGUUUGAACAAAAUAGGCGUUAUGUUAUAUGAUAUGAAAAUGAGUCAACGUGUAUAUAAUAAAAUUCAACAUACUGACACUAUAUCUCAUAAUGAAAAUUAUAUGAUAUUUCCAAAAUUUAUAACACCAUUAUACUGGGAACCUGAAAAUGUAGCUAUUGAAGAUCAAAUUGACAAUAGGUCUACUUCAGCUAAAUAUCCGUAUAAUCCGGAGGUUCAAGAUGAAAUAUUGAAGUACGCAUAUGAAUUUUCAAGAUUAGAACCUGACAAAGCUUUACAUCUAUGUAGAGAUAAAGGUAUAAUUACAAUAGAGAUUGAUCUUGUGGGUAAAGGAAAAGUCUCACUGACUGUCACAAUGCCUCAAUAUUCUGUAAUAAAUAAAUUCGAUGGCGAUAGUGGUGUCGUUGGAUUAACACUCGAACAAUUGUUGGAAGAUACACGUAUUUCAAAGGAUGAACUUCUCACCAUAUUACAUUUUUGGGUAGAGAAACAUGUCCUAUUGUACGAUAUACAUACAGAAAAAUAUGUGACAAAUGAGGCUCGAGAGAUCAAUUGA